CUCUCUCUCUCUCUCUCUCCUGAAGUACUGCAGAGAUAGACGCUGGACUGCAGCUCGGAAAAGCCUCCUCACCGUCAGCUCUUCAGCUCUUCCCUCCUCAGUCCCUGAAUGUCCAUCUGAGGUAAAUUUGUUUUCGUUGGAUUCGCCGCAGCUCCUUCACAACGAUGGAGUACCAGCACCGACAUCUCAUUAAAAGACUCAUCCAAUGAGAGCCAGGGAGUUUGAGGCUCUUCUUUUGUGGUAACUACAGACAUCACCCUCCCUACUAACUGCAGACAUCGAGGGGAGGCUCCCGGCAUGGAUGACACAGACCCCCGGGACCGAACGUCCCUGAUGAAGGGAGCCAAGGACAUCGCCAAGGUGGCCAAACGGCAAGCUGUCAAGAAGGUUAACAAGGUUGUGGACCGGGCGUCGGAUGAAUACUCUCAUAGCCGUGCCUACCAUCGUUUCCAAGAUGAAGAUGAUGCUGACUACUACAGCCAGCCAGAGGGAAACUAUGAGGGCAAUCAUGCCAAUGAUGAAGAAGGGUCCAGUGAUGCCACUGAAGGCCAUGAUGAUGAGGAUGAGAUGUACGAGGGCGAAUACCAAGGGAUCCCUUCGGACUCCAAGCCUGGGGAUGGACAGGUGGCUCUGGGGCGUCCUGUGGCAGAUGGCCUGAAGGACCGGAGGGAGCUGGAAAGUGAAAGGCAGGCCGAUGAGGAGGAGCUGGCACAGCAGUAUGAGCUGAUUAUCCAGGAAUGCGGGCAUGGAAGGUUUCAGUGGCAGCUCUUCUUCACACUGGGACUAGCGCUCAUGUCAGAUGGGGUGGAGGUUUUCGUGGUAGGCUUUGUUUUGCCCAGUGCUGAGACAGACAUGUGCGUGCCUGAUUCAAGUUCUGGCUGGCUAGGCAGCAUUGUAUACCUGGGGAUGAUGGUGGGGGCCUUCUUCUGGGGGGGCAUGGCAGACAAGGUGGGCCGACGGCAGUGUCUGCUCAUAUGCAUGUCCGUGAACGGCUUCUUUGCCUUCCUGUCCUCCUUCGUGCAAAGCUAUGGCUUCUUCCUGCUCUGUCGCACGAUAGCGGGCUUUGGGAUUGGUGGAGCAGUACCCAUUGUCUUCUCUUAUUUUGCGGAGGUGUUAUCGAGGGAGAAGAGAGGUGAACAUCUCAGCUGGCUCUGCAUGUUUUGGAUGAUAGGGGAGAUCUACGCUUCGGCCAUGGCCUGGGCUAUCAUACCUCACUAUGGCUGGAGUUUCAGUAUGGGUUCAGCAUAUCAGUUCCACAGCUGGAGGGUGUUUGUGGUGGUAUGUGCUCUGCCGUGUAUCUGCUCUGUGGUGGCCCUCACCUUCAUGCCUGAAAGUCCCAGAUUCUACUUGGAGGUGGGGAAGCACGAUGAGGCCUGGAUGAUCCUCAAGCAGAUUCACGACACCAACAUGCGAGCGCGCGGACAACCCGAAAAAGUCUUCACUGUAAACAGGAUCAAGAUUCCAAAACAGAUUGACGAGUUUGUGGAGAUGCACACUGAGUCCAGUAAUGCUGUGUCCAAAGUUAUUUUCCGAGUGAAGACUGAACUUUAUGGCAUCUGGUUGACCCUUAUGAAGUGUUUCAUUUAUCCAGUGAAGGACAACACUGUAAAGCUGGCCAUUGUGUGGUUCACACUGUCAUUUGGGUACUAUGGCUUGUCUGUGUGGUUCCCUGAUGUCAUCAAGCACCUCCAGGCUGAUGAGUACGCUUCUAAAGUGCAGUUGCACAAUAAUGAGUUAACUGAGGACUUCACAUUCAACUUCACAUUAGAGAACCAGAUACACACAAAUGGUGUGUUCAUCAAUGACAGAUUUGUAAAUAUGAAGUUCAAGUCGGUUACAUUCAUCAACACCACUUUCCAAAACUGCUACUUUGAAGACGUGACCUCGGUGGGAUGUUUCUUCCGAAACUGCACUUUUAUUGAUGCAUUCUUCUACAACACAGACAUUGAUGACUCCAAACUUAUUAACACAAAAGUCACAAACUGCUCAUUCCAUCACAACAAAACGGGCUGUCAGAUGACAUUCGAUGAUGACUACAGCGCCUACUGGGUUUACUUCGUCAACUUCUUGGGAACAUUGGCUGUCCUACCAGGGAAUAUAGUGUCUGCCCUCCUCAUGGAUAAAAUAGGACGCUUAUCUAUGCUAGGGUUCUCUAUGGUCCUGUCUGGAAUCAGCUGUUUCUUCCUGUGGUUCGGCACCAGUGAAGCCAUGAUGAUUGGGAUGCUGUGCCUUUAUAAUGGCCUAAGUAUCUCUGCCUGGAACUCACUGGAUGUGGUCACAGUAGAGCUUUAUCCUACAGACAGGAGAGGGACUGGCUUUGGAUUCUGUAAUGCCUUGUGUAAGUUUGCAGCAGUGCUGGGCAACCUGAUUUUUGGCUCCCUGGUCAGUAUCACCAAAGCCAUUCCCAUCCUGCUGGCCUCCUCUGUACUGGUGGGUGGAGGUCUGGUUGGACUUCGGCUACCCGACACAAGGUCCAACGUCCUAAUGUAGCCCCUACCAGACAGCCCUGAAGCUAAUGACUUCAGUCAGUCCGUGUUUCUUCAGUCUACCAUUUUACACACUGUUCGAGUCAUCCUUUUUCAUUUACAGAGCUAAGUGAGAUGGAAUCAUGAAUGAGCAACAUGAUUACCACAAAGAACAUUAUAGCAGUAGCUAUAUGUCAUGACUAAAAGACAAAAGCUGUUAGAGCUGAAGAGCUUAUCAGUCAGUGAGUAAUGCAUUUAAACCUAAUUUGUGUGUUGAUGUGUAGGCAGUUAAAGGUGAGAAACAUUAAUGUUUCUGAACAUGGGAAAGCCAAGGAGGGCUGUUUUCCUUCUUGUGAAACUAUUUCCUAACAUCCUGCAGCUGUGUAACAGUCUUGCACCCCUCUCCCUGGCUCCGUAGUGGUAAAAAGAGCCUGGCUAAAAGUCAUAUACAUUAUGCUGAUGGGCUGUAGCAGAGCUCUGGCAUUGAGUCGAGCGUAAAUAUUAAUGUCCCCCUUAUUAAGAAGCUAGAAAAACAAACUCUUAAUGAGCAGGCUGAACCUGCUGGAAGCCUGUAGAGGAAGAGGAUGAUCAGAAAGACUGUGAGAGCGGCACAGCUGUAGCCCAGCUGUCCUAUACAGCUUCAUACAGCCCAGAUAGGCCAAGCGAGAGUAAAUCACAGUCACAGUCAGCAGCUCUCUUUACUAACAAGUUAUUUUGUUUGCUUGUACAUCACCUGUACAAUGAAAUAUUUAUUAAGUCAGUAUAUGACUGCUUGACCAUAAAUUGUCCUAAAGCUUUAAUCAUUAAAGGGAUCGUCAUAAAAAGCUUUAUUUUUCCCAGGGUUAAGGGGUUUUAAGAUGAAAAGAUGAUAUGUUGGUGUUUUUUUGUGAAUUAUUCAUCUAAAGUAAAGCACAGCGUAAAAAUGACCUCCCAUGAGGCCCAGAGGGAAUAAAUAGUUGCUUUUAGAAACUAAUUAAUUGCUAAUGCAGUUAGGCUAAAUUCUCCAACAGUUGUGCUGUUAUUACCAUCUCAUGUUAUGUCCUAAUAAAGAAAAAUAUCAAAUAAAAAACAUGUAUAAAAUAAAAUAUCUCAUCAGAAACUCAACAGAAACAUUUCACAUAAAACCCACUAAAAUCAUUUUCAAGUCUUUCAUGAAAUACAUUCGACUAUCCCUUUAAGCCUAGUCUUUAGAAAGUGUAACUGAUGAUUUUGUGAUAUCGUCUCACCCCAAAAUCAAAAUCAUGUCUGUCAUGUUGUACCAUUUACAUUGGAUAAUUUGGUGUUGGAACAUUCAAUUAAAUGACCCCAGAUAUUUUCAUACCAUAGUUCCAGCUGUGAGAUUGUGCAUGUACAUAUCAAAUGCCAGUAUCACCAAAAGCAGCCACUGAAAAGACUGAAUUUAUAAUUUACUUGCAUAUUGGAUGCAGGACCUUUAACACAGAUCGCUUAAUUCCAACAUUCGUGGCUUGUUAUUAACAUUGCAUUAUUAACAAACUUGUUAAUUAUUCCAUACUUUGUGUGUGUAUAAUGUCAAGUUGUAAAAUGAGCCAUUCACCACAUUUUUUCCAGACGUACCCAUGUGUGCUUUAUGCUUUGUCUGGAAGUACCGAUGGCCUUUUGAAACCGUGCCUCUCCUUUGUAAGACCGUUCUCACCUAUGGGCAGGAGACGCAGCCCUCGUUAACCUGAAGUGCAGUAGAUGUUGUAAAUGUUAUCACCCAGUGUCUUCUCACAUUUCAUCAAAUUGCAUGGAGCGUUUAGGGACACAGCACUGUGCUUGAAUGAAAUUGCCCUCAUUUUAGCAAACCGUGGCCACAGGCCCAUGUUGGCAUUGUUGACAGGAAGGAGAACGAUGGCCGAUUUUGGGGACUGGAAGGUUUAGAAAGACCGCCUCAAACAGAUGGGCCCUCCAGUUGGCAGAAGAAACAUGUGGUGACUCUAACAAGCCUAAGUUCAGGGAGUUUACCAGCAGUUUGUUAAGUUUGUUAUAGCCAUUACUCCUGUAGUUUGCUACGUGCUACUAUAAGGUAAAGCAUGUAAGUACAGACCUUGUUAUUAGUUUUGUCAUUGUGUAGUCAGCAUCAUAACCAUAUUAGGAACUCAAAGUCUAAGCUGGUUUUCUUUAUGAGAAAAUUGAAUCGCUGCUGUUUUUGUCCUGUUGUAAAACAGAAAUGUUGCAUAGCCAGUAUGUUUGGUCAUAUGAACAUUUUUUCUCUGAAUGUCCGUGGAUUUUCCAAAUUAUGAAGUUGUGAAAGUGCAGCGAUGUGAAUGUUGCUACAUGCAAGCAAACAGUGCUGCACAAGGAAUUGACAUCAUGACGCUGGCAGAAAGCUUUGUCAAAUGUGGUAAAUAGUAGUCUACAGUAUGAAUAGCUAACAGUGUUAUAGAUCAGUGUUGAAGUUUAACAGUAGGCUUACUUUCAUGUGACGUUAGUAUAAUGUGCAGGAGUGUUAGCUUGCACAUAGCACAUACGUAGCUUUCUUCAUAUUUCAACAGCUGAACGACCUCGUAAUUCACAGGAUUUAGUGACACUCUGGGGGUGACAUGGAUUUGGGACAAUGCUGUUUAAAAACAGCUCUUGUUUUUCUUGUGCAGAAAAAUCUUAGAAUCCAGAGUUCCUAAUAAGGGCGUGAUGGCAGCUAUAGAAUGCCGUGCAACUUCAGAGGUUUAUCUUAGACCUUUACGAAAGAAAACAAGUCAUUAGGCGAUGAUUCAUUUGAUGUGUUAGGUUUUUAAAAAACAGUUUUUAUGGCCUAUUUUUCUCUUUUUGUUUUACUAGUUAUUGUAAUGUCAUUGAUUAUGACCAUGCUUGUUUUUCCUGCUAGUUUGUGGAUAUAAGCCUUUACUGUAGCCUAUAGGCGAUGAUUCAUUUGAUAUGCUAUUCAUAGCCUGAUUUAUUUGCUUUACUAGAUAUGAUUAUUCUUUUUUUGUCUUUACUCCCAUUACUUUCUUUGUUCUGCUACCUUGUUAAUAUAAAACUACGGACUUGGAGUCUCCUGUGCCCUAUUCGGUGGCUAGAUGUUGGUGUAUGUGCCAUGUUGUUGUUACUGUUGAUAUUAAUUAACAGCUGUGUUUUGAGAUUUCAGUAAAGAUAUUAAUCUAUUUUGAUGAACACUUCUUUGAGACAAUUCUAAAUCAUUUAUUGUAAAAACUGUAGGCAACAGAUCGUAAUACAAGGUGUCCUGUAGCUUUUUUGAUUAGGCCUCCAAUGAACCAAAGUGACUUCCUGCUGUCUCAGUUUCAGCAGAGCUAUGCAGCCUGAACUAGAGGUUUAUCAUUAAAAAUAGCUCAUUGUAGAAAUAUUAUUCUAGAAGACAACCUUACUUUUUGUCCUAAUGAGAAAUUAGCUGCAUUUAAAAGAAAUUAUGUUAACUUUUUCGUUUUCAGUUGCGGACACGUUGUAAUGUCACUGUAGGCUACUGUGUAUGUCGGUGUGUGCGCUUAUGUUUGUCUACAGUACAUAUAUAUGUAUGCGAGUGGGACAGAAAUGUGAUCAUCUGUAAAAUACUGUAUAUACACGAUGCAGGUGGCUGUGUUCAGGCAGAAUAUAUGUUGUGAAAUUGUUUUGAUGGACGCAAAUGGAAAAGGAUGUAAUGCAUUCACAGAAGUGUGCGACUGUGUUAGCAACAAGCCGACAUUCUUCUUACAUUGCAAGCAAUCCUGCAUGUGCGUAUGAAACACUUUUGUGCUCAGUUCAUAGUUCUUGUGUCCCCCUGGCUGAGGGACAAUCAGAAAAUGACUACUUGGAGUAAUGAAGAGAAUGUAACACUGUUAAAUGUAUCAUGAAGGUUGUGUGUAUGGUUUGUGAGCAGAAAAAUAUAUAAAAAAGCUUACUUUUGUGAGAGUAAUAAAGAUAUGUGUUGAAAUGA